CGCUCCGAAGCCUGGGAUACCUAAAGACAAAAGCACACCGUGCACCGGAGCGAUCGAGCGACAGACCGAAUCUGAGACCUGUGCAUGGUGUGCAUGUGCGCUGGCGAAUGCCUGCAUGACCUGCACUAAACACUCCAGCAUCGUCCCCAACUCUACUCCCACCACCUCCCCUACCACCACUAUCACCAUGACCCCACCAUCAGCACUCCGCACGCGCGCACCGCUCCCAAAGUCCAGGAAGACUGUCCGCUUUGCCGCCGACACCAAGGACGUUGACACAAGCGACGUUUCAGCGCGCAAGUACCGUAGCCCCAGGAAGCUGAGCUCGCUGCUAUUCGCGCCUCCUGUUCCUGCUCCGCCCAAGCCCGCGCCGCCCCACCGCGAGUUCCGUCCUGACUACUACGACGUCAUUGCGUCCCGGGACCGCCUGUCCCACGCCUCCCGCAGUUGGAUGUACUAGGCAAUGACGGAUGGUACAAUCCCUCUUGCCUCACGUUGAGUUUUUCGACAUCGCUGCUCCAGCGCGCACCGGUGCUCCGCAUCAGCACAACAGCGCCCCCCGUGCCAGCUUCGCGCCAAGUCUGCGCCCCACUUUGUGCAGCCGGUUACUCAAGCCGAGGAGCAAUUCACCGCUCGCCCUGUGGCGGCCUGAGCAGGCGAAGCUGCCCACGAGCUGCCGAGCUUGACAGCGAAUCUCAGGAAUCGGAUAUCAAGGACCAUUCUAGCUGGCGUCACUAUGCAUCCCAUCGUGG